AUGUCGUUCCGCCCCGGCUCCCGCAUCUUCAGCUCCUUCCGACCUUUCUUCCAACGCGCAAAUGCCCGCCGACGAGUCAACACGGCUGCCGGUGCCGAGCCCGCUGGCUUCCAAAAGUUCUGGAACAGUCCCAUCGGCCCAAAGACUGUGCAUUUCUGGGCUCCCGUAAUGAAAUGGGGCAUGGUCCUCGCCGGCGCCUCCGACUUCUCCCGCCCCGCCGAAUCCCUCUCCUUCACCCAGAACUUUGCCCUCAUGUGCACAGGCGCUAUCUGGACCCGCUGGUGCUUCGUCAUCCGCCCCAAGAACAUCGCUUUGGCUGCUGUCAACUUCCUCGUCUUUUGCGUCGGUGCGACUCAGGUCGGUCGUAUUUAUCUCUACAACCAGAGCCUGAAGAACACAGAGGGCCAGGCAAAGGGUGAGCUCCAGGAUUUGAAGAACACCGCCCAAAAGGCGGAGAAGGCGCUGAAGUGCUAG